GUAGCCUCUUCGCGCAUGCGCCGUUGCGUUCUGCUUCUACGGAAGCUCCGGGGCUGUCAGCCCAUGGACGUGAGCAGUAUGCUCGGCUACGCAUUCGCCGCGUUAGUGUCAGUCUCUUUAGCAGUGCUGAUCGAGUGGUCCGUUAGAUCUGCGGAGGGUUGGGUCCCGGAGCCCCCCGCGAGGCCCCUGAGCUUGCACGAGCUCUCACUGUACCACGGAGGAGCCGGAAGCAGGGGCCUCUACCUGGCCAUACUGGGCCAAGUUUUUGAUGUGCACAAGGGAUAUAAGCAUUAUGGACCCGGUGGUGCUUAUCACUUCAUGGCAGGCAAAGAUGUCUCACUGGCCUUCAUCACUGGAGACUUCUCAGAGAAUGGCCUGACAGAUGAUGUUUCCAGUCUGUCACCCUUACAAGUGGUGGCUCUUUAUGACUGGCUGGCCUUUUAUCACAAAGAGUAUAAAACUGUUGGUACAGUUACGGGCCGUUUCUAUGACGAGUCUGGAAAGCCCACAGAGGCUCUUCUGCAAGUGAGAGCUUCUCUAGCAGAAGGCCAGCGAAUAAAAGCCCAGUCAGAGGCUGAGAAAGCACAUUACCCAGCCUGCAACUCUGAAUGGAGCGCUGCCAGAGGUGGAAGAGUAUGGUGCUCCACUAAAAGCGGUGGAGUGAUUCGUGAGUGGGCAGGCGUCCCACGAAAGCGGUUUUCUCCUGGUUCCAAUGGAGUUCGCUGCGUCUGCGUUGAAGAUCCAUUUUCAGCAGAAGAUCCCAGCCUGCAGGAGUAUGAUGGCUGCCCCCCACAUGCUGACUCAUGCACUGUAACAGAACACUAAUCUGAGGGCCGCCCAGAAACACGGCAAAUGCUUUUGUUUUUAAACUGCAGGGGGAAAAAAAACCUUUGGUCACUAUGUGGACCCUAUCAAAGAUACACUUUAACAACACUAAUAAUGAAGAAAUAAACACUUUGGCUUUCGAUUAGCUUUA